AUGAGUCGGUCACGUGAUGAGGUAGCUCCCCGCCUCCCAACCCCGCCCCUGCGGAACUUCAAGAGGAAAAUCACGACGUUACAGAAGCAAGAAGGGAAGGGCGAAUCCAGCACACUGGCCUCAUCAACUAUGACCGACCGGGAGGAGAACGCCCGGCUGUCCCACCGACUGAUCAUCGCAGGUACCAGCUGUUAUUCCCCAACCUUGACUACCCGGCGCAGCAUUGCUGAUGAGAACGGUAAGCGCUCCUAUUGGCCGCACAUGGCACACAUCAGUGGGACUGGGUGGCGGCCGGUCGCCCCAUCUCCGUCUCGAGUACUAAAGGGCACGGAGAGGAGGGGCUGUCGCUCUGGGGUCAUCUUCUACAGAAAGGGAGUACGUAGUGUGGACCCGAAGGGAAAGGAGACUCUGUAUAAUCUGGAGUCUCUCAUCAACCAGGCAGUGUUCCCAGGACUACAGGGAGGACCCCACAACCACGCCAUCGCAGGUGUUGCAGUGGCCCUGAAGCAGGCUUUGACCCCAGAGUUUAAGGCAUAUCAGUACCAGGUGCUCUCUAACUGCAGAGCUAUGGCCAACGCCCUCAUCAACCACGGGUACAAGAUCGUCACCGGGGGUUCUGAUAACCAUCUGAUCUUAUUGGACCUGAGGCCCAAUGGGACGGACGGAGGACGAGCUGAGAAGGUUCUAGAAGCUGCUGCCAUCGCCUGCAACAAGAACACCUGCCCAGGUGAUAAGAGUGCUCUCCGUCCCAGCGGUGUGUGUGUUCGCUCUCCUGCUCUGACCUCCAGAGGAAUGGUGGAGGAUGACUUCAGGAAGGUCGCAGAGUUCAUCCACAGAGAGGCAGCGUCCAGGAUUACCCUGGACAUCCAGGCGUCUCUGCAGCCCAAGGCGACCCUGAAGGAGUUUAAGGAGGCCCCUGGCAGGAGGAGAAGCUACCGGAGCGGGUAG